AUGGCCCCGCUCACCGCCGGUAUCGUCCAGUCUACUCACCGCCGGGAUCAUCCACCCCGCUCACCGCCAGGACCGUCCACCCCACUCACCGCCGGGAUCGUCCACCCCGCUCACCGCUGGGAUCGUCCACCCCGCUCACCGCCAGGACCGUCCACCCCGCUCACCGCCAGGAUCGUCCAACCCGCUCACUGCCGGGAUCAUCCACCCCGCUCACCGCCAGGACCGUCCACCCCCAUCACCGCCGGGAUCCUCCACCCCCAUCACUGCUGGGAUCCUCCACCCCCAUCACCGCCGGGAUCGUCCACCCCGCUCACCGCCAGGACCGUCCACCCCGCUCACCGCCAGGAUCGUCCACCCCGCUCACUGCCGGGAUCAUCCACCCCGCUCACCGCCAGGACCGUCCACCCCCAUCACCGCCGGGAUCCUCCACCCCCAUCACUGCUGGGAUCCUCCACCCCCAUUGCCGCCGGGAUCGUCCACCCCGCUCACUGCCGGGAUCGUCCGCCCCCAUCACCGCCGGGAUCCUCUGCCCCCAUCACCGCCGGGAUCCUCCACCCCCAUCACCGCCGAGAUCGUCCACCCCCAUCACCGCCGGGAUCCUCCGCCCCCAUCACCGCCGGGAUCCUCCACCCCAAUCACCGCCGAGAUCCUCCACCCCCAUCACCGCCGGGAUCCUCCGCCCCCAUCACCGCCGGGAUCAUCCACCCCGCUCACCGCCAGGACCGUCCACCCCCAUCAACGCCGGGAUCCUCCACCCCCAUCCCCGCCGGGAUCCUCCACCCCCAUCACCGCCGGCAUCCUCCACCUCGCUCACCGCCGGGAUCGUCCACCCCCAUCACCGCCAGGAUCCUCCACCACGCUCACCGCCGGGAUCCUCCACCCCCAUCACCGCCAGGAUCGUCCACCCCCAUCACCGCCGGGAUCCUCCACCCCCAUCACCGCCGGGAUCCUCCACCCCCAUCACCGCCGGGAUCCUCCACCCCCAUCACCACCAGGAUUGUCCACCCCCAUCCCCGCCGGGAUCCUCCACCCCCAUCACCGCCGGGAUCCUCCACCCCCAUCACCGCCGGGAUCCUCCACCCCCAUCACCGCCGGGAUCCUCCACCCCCAUCACCGCCGAGAUCGUCCACCCCCAUCACCGCCGAGGUCGUCCACCCCGCUCACCGCCGGGACCGUCCACCCCCAUCACCGCCGGGACCGUCCACCCCCAUCACCGCCGGGACCGUCCACCCCGCUCACCGCCGGGAUCGUCCACCCCCAUCACUGCCGGGAUCGUCCACCCCCUUCACCGCCGGGAUCCUCCACUCCGCUCACCACCGGGAUUGUCCACCCCGCUCACCGCCGGGAUCAUCCACCCCCAUCACCGCCAGGAUUGUCCACCCUCAUCACCGCCGGGAUCCUCUACCCCCAUCCCCGCCGGGAUCCUCCACCCCGCUCACCGCCGGGAUCGUCCACCCCGCUCACCGCCGGGAUCCUCCACCCCCAUCACCGCUGGGAUCGUCCACCCCCAUCACCGCUGGGAUCAUCCACCCCGCUCACCGCCGGAAUCGUCCACCCCCAUCACCGCCAGGAUCCUCCACCGCCAUCACCGCCGGGAUCGUCCACCCCGCUCACCGCUGGGAUCCUCCACCCCCAUCACCGCUGGGAUCGUCCACCCCCAUCACCGCCAUGAUCGUCCACCCCGCUCACCGCCAGGAUCGUCCACCCCCAUCACCGCCGGGAUCGUCCACCCCCAUCACCGCCGGGAUCGUCCACCCCCAUCACCGCCGGGAUCGUCCACGCCCAUCACCGCCGGGAUCGUCCACCCCCAUCACCGCCGGGAUUGUCCACCCCGGUCAGCCUGGGCUUAUGGCUGGGUGGUCACUUCCCCCCUGCUGGGUUCUGUUAUGA